UUUGUGUGAUGAGAGAAACCAAACCAAAGACGGGUCAGAGCCACCUUUAAAAACCAUCGGCGACUUCUCCUCCACCACCACCGUCGUCGCCGUGUUCGAUCCUAAACGAUUCGGUGGCUAUUUUCCAUUGUUAGAGUUUGGAUAAAAGAGACGACGAGAUGCCGUCAAACGGGGAUCUCGACCGUCAGAUCGAACAGCUUAUGGAGUGUAAGCCGUUGGGUGAAGCAGACGUGAGGAUCCUCUGCGAUCAAGCCAAAGCGAUUCUCGUUGAGGAAUGGAAUGUUCAACCGGUUAAGUGUCCGGUUACGGUUUGCGGCGAUAUCCAUGGCCAGUUUUAUGACCUAAUUGAGCUUUUUCGUAUUGGUGGUAGUGCUCCUGAUACUAAUUACCUCUUCAUGGGAGAUUAUGUAGAUCGCGGCUACUAUUCAGUAGAAACAGUCUCUCUAUUAGUGGCACUGAAGGUGCGUUAUAGGGACAGACUCACGAUCUUGCGAGGGAAUCAUGAGAGUCGUCAGAUUACACAAGUCUAUGGUUUUUAUGAUGAAUGUUUGAGGAAAUACGGAAAUGCAAAUGUGUGGAAGUAUUUCACGGACCUUUUUGAUUAUCUCCCUCUUACAGCACUCAUAGAGAGUCAGGUUUUCUGUUUGCAUGGAGGCCUUUCACCUUCUUUAGAUACCCUUGACAAUAUCCGAAACUUGGAUCGAAUACAAGAGGUUCCACAUGAGGGACCAAUGUGCGAUCUACUAUGGUCUGAUCCAGACGAUCGCUGUGGAUGGGGAAUAUCUCCUCGUGGUGCUGGUUACACAUUUGGACAGGACAUUGCAACACAGUUUAAUCACAACAAUGGGCUGAGUCUGAUAUCAAGAGCGCAUCAACUUGUAAUGGAAGGCUAUAAUUGGUGUCAGGAAAAGAACGUGGUGACGGUGUUUAGUGCACCAAACUACUGUUACAGAUGUGGUAACAUGGCAGCAAUUCUUGAGAUUGGAGAGAACAUGGAACAGAACUUCCUUCAGUUCGAUCCAGCACCUAGACAGGUCGAACCCGAUACCACACGCAAGACCCCUGAUUAUUUUUUGUGAUUUCCCUACCACUUCAAUUUUUUAUUUUCAGAGUUUGUUUGUUGCUGUAUCAUUGUAGAUGUGUCUCUAUCUUAUUUUGUUUUAUUGCGUCUCUAAAUGGAAUUUGAUACCAAAAGACCAAAAACUCAUCAUUUUUUUUGUUGAUGUUGAUACUGAAAAAGGUUUGUAGAAGCCUCCCUCUAUUAUAGUAAAUAUCUGAUAUUAGCUGCCUUUGUUA